CCGAACGUCACCCGUACGUCAACCGUACGUCAUGGUUUAGUUUUCGGCACGCGAUUCCAAAAUUCUCAGUGCCACGCAGACGAUGACCGAUGCCCAGGAAAGAAAUCAUCCAGAUCCACAUAGGUCAGGCCGGGGUGCAAGUGGCCAGCGCGUGUUGGGAACUCUACUGCUUAGAGCACGGUAUCCAGGUGGACGGCCGCUUCUACCAAGGCUACGAUGCGGCCAACGAAGGCUCGGAAGUUUUCUACAACGUAACGUCCGGCGGUCAGGCGGUGCCCAGGGUCGUUAUGGUCGACCUCGAGCCCACCGUGAUUGACGAGAUUCGCACCGGAUACUACAGACAUCUGUUCCAUCCUGAUACGCUUCUCACCGGCAAAGAAGACGCCGCUAACAAUUACGCCAGGGGACGGUACGGCGUCGGCGCCGAGAUGCUAGACCUGGCGUUAGACAGAACCAGGCUGGUGGCGGAUGAUUGCUCCUCCCUGCAGGGUUUCAUAGUCUACAGGGCGUUCGGGGGCGGUACCGGUUCCGGUUUUACUACUUCGUUCCUCGAACACCUCCACGAAGACUAUCGAAAAAUCAGCGUUCUCGAUUUCUCCGUGUAUCCCGCUCCCCACAUCUCCCCGAUAAUCGUGGAGCCCUACAACGCGGUGUUGACCACCAACGGGUGCAUCGAACACGAGGACGUCUGCUUCAUCAUGGACAACGAGGCCGUCUACGACAUCCUGGACAGGAAGCUGGACACGCCACGACCCACGUACACCAACCCCAACCGGUUACUGGGACAGGUGGUGUCGGCGGUGACCGCUUCGUUGAGAUUCGAAGGUGCGGUCAAUGUGGACCUCCAAGAAUUUCAGACCAACUUGGUGCCGUAUCCCAGGAUCCAUUUCCCUUUGAUCACCUACGCGCCGUUCGUGUCGGCCAGCAAAGCAUUCCACGAGCAGCUGUCCGUAGCUCAGUUGGUCACUUCCUGCUUCGAGCCGGCCAACCAAAUGGUCAAGUGCGACCCACGGAACGGCAAGUACAUCUCGUGUUGCCUGUUGUUCCGCGGGGACGUGUCGCCGACGGACGUGAACAACGCCAUCAUGAAUAUCAAGAGCAAGAGGUCCAUCCAGUUCGUCGAUUGGUCACCUACCGGCUUCAAGAUCGGGAUUAAUUACCAACCGCCGACGACGGUUCCCAAAGGGGACCUGGCGGCGACUUCCAGGGCGGUGACGAUGCUCUCCAACACGACCGCCAUUAGGGAGGCUUGGGAACGCCUCCUGCGCAAGUUUAACGCGAUGUACAGGAAAAGGGCGUUCGUGUUUCACUACGUCGGGGAAGGGAUGGAAGAGGCGGAGUUUGACGACGCCAGGGAUGAUCUGGAAGCGUUGGUGCUCGACUACGAAGAAGUCGACGGCGGCUAAAUUUACUUAACAUGUUAUCGAGGAAAUAAGUUAUAAUAAAUGGCAACGCAUUCGGUUGGU